AUGUCGUGGAUUAAAGUUCCAGGAAAAGAGUUUUUGGAGAAAAAUAAAUUUCAAAGGUCCAGAAAAAAAAACUUUUGUCCUCCUCGUCACCGCGGAUCCAAGAAAUCUUACCUCGUGAUGGACCUUCAAAAGAUUAAUUUUACUCCCUCAAAUAAGCAUAUAGAAAUUGUUCAUUGUGGAAAAGUCAAGUUUCUCUUGAAAUAUGCAAGAGAUUCGAUAGGAAUCGCGUUCAUCUAUGAAGAACUGCAUCUUAUUGAAGAGAUCGUGAUCUAUUGGAGUCAAUUCUUGGAGUGUAAGAUUGUCGACGGAAGAAAGAUUGAGAUCAUUUUGAAACCCAAGUUUUUAAAACGCUUUAUGGAACAUAAAAGAAUAUUGCAUGAGCACGGGCAACAAAUCGUGACAAACAGACUUUAUCAGGACCCUACCGGAGGAUGUUUAGAAAAUGUUUCAUCCAUAAUAUUUACACCUUGUAUUCGCGUUCAUCCAACAACAAUUAUUAUGUUUCAAGCGUGCAUUCAAAAAUUCCUUUUGGUGAAUGAAAGCAGCAGUCUAUCUUUCUUUCAUGGCGCUAUUGCGGAUGUGAACAUUAAUUAUUCUGAAAUGCAACUAAAACGCUCAGACAAUAAUAGGACAUGGAUUUUUUCGAAUGAUAUGAAGUCACCGAAAACCUAUGAAAGACUUGAUGAAAAAGAUACGCUACAUAUCACCUUCGUAUUUUUCACACAUAAUCGUGUUUUACUUCUCCCGUUUGGCACGCCAUUUAUAGUCCUCGUUCAGACAAUUCAUUCGCGUUUCAGAAUUGACGUGAAUAACCUUGAAUACAAAAAUUUUUGUCAGGAAUUUAUCACAAUCCAAGGGGAAGAGGAUUGGAAGCUGGCCAAG